GACGUUUAGAAAGCUUGAGAAGAAAAAGGUCGCCUGGUCAUUGGCGCUUGCGCACUGUGUUAUUUCGGUCGUCGGACCCGGCGCGGUGUUACUCCUCUCUUCUCCCCGUGCGUGGUUGCCCUAGGCAACAGCAGCUUUCCUCCCCCUUCCGUCUUUCUUUCCUCCCCCCCCCUUUAACCAUUAUGUCUUGGGACCCAGUGAGCACCCUCUGUGAGCAGCUUGUAAAGGCGGUCACAGUGAUGAUGGACCCGGCCUCCACUCAGCGAUACCGCCUGGAGGCCCUCAAGUUCUGUGAAGAGUUUAAAGAAAAGAGUCCAGUAUGUGUUCCCUGUGGGCUGAAGUUGGCAGAGAUAACCCAGACUGCUAUUGUCAGACACUUUGGUCUUCAAAUCCUAGAACAUGUUGUAAAGUUCCGAUGGAACAGUAUGGGUCGACUUGAGAAAGUCUAUUUGAAGAACAACGUCAUGGGGCUCAUAUCCAGUGGUACCCAGAAUAUUUUAGAGGAAGAAAGUCACAUUAAGGAUGUUCUUUCUCGCAUUGUAGUAGAAAUGAUCAAGCGUGAAUGGCCCCAGCACUGGCCUGACAUGUUAAAUGAGCUGAACACUCUCUCCAAACAGGGGGAAACUCAGACAGAGUUGGUAAUGUUCAUACUUCUGCGCCUGGCAGAAGAUGUGGUGACCUUCCAGACGUUGCCAGCCCAGCGACGGCGGGAUAUCCAACAAACUCUCACCCAGAACAUGGAGACUAUCUUUAGCUUCCUGCUCAACACCUUGCAGCAGAAUGUUAACAAAUACAGGCGCAUGAAAAUGGAUCUAUCACAGGAAUCAAAAGCACAAGCAAAUUGUCGAGUAGGGAUAGCAGCACUCAAUACGCUGGCUGGCUACAUUGACUGGGUGGCUAUGAGCCACAUUACAGCGGAUAACUGCAAGCUCCUGGAGAUGUUAUGUCUGCUCUUGAAUGAACCAGAGCUUCAAGUGGGAGCAACUGAGUGCCUCUUGAUUGUGGUCAGCAGAAAAGGGAAACUGGAGGAUCGCAAGCCCUUGAUGGUUUUGUUUGGGGAUGUUGCCAUGCACUACAUCUUCUCUGCCGCCCAGACAGCAGAUGGUGAAGGCCUAGUAGAGAAGCACUAUGUUUUCUUGAAGAGACUUUGCCAAGUCUUGUGUGCCUUGGGUAGCCAGCUGUGUGCAUUGGUGGGCUCUGAUUCAGAUGUGGAAACACCUGUCAACCUUGGAAAAUACCUUGAGUCAUUUUUAGCUUUCACAACCCAUCCUAGUCAGUUCUUACGCUCUUCCACCCAGAUCACAUGGGGAGCUCUUUUUCGGCAUGAAGUUCUGUCACGUGAUCCUCUGUUGUUGGCUAUGAUUCCAAAAUACCUGCGAGCAUCUAUGACUAAUCUUGUGAAGGUGGGUUUUCCUUCCAAGACAGACAGUCCCAGCUGUAAAUAUUCCCACUUCGACUUUGAUAGUGAUGAAGACUUUAACUGCUUCUUCAACUCUUUCCGUGCACAACAGGGAGAGGCGAUAAGGAUGGCAUGUCGGCUGGAUCCUCGAACUGGCUUCCAGAUGGCUGGAGAAUGGCUGAAAUAUCAGCUGUCCACUCCUGUUGAUAUUGGACCCAUGAACUCUAAAACUGGUGAAGGCCUCUGCUCCAUCUUUUCUCCUUCUUUUGUGCAGUGGGACGCUAUGACCUUUUUCUUGGAGAGCAUUAUUAGCCCAAUGUUCCGGACCCUGGAAAAGGAAGAGAUCCCGGUGUCUGAUGGCAUAGAACUGCUGCAACUUGUCCUCAGCUUUGAAACAAAGGACCCCCUCAUACUGUCCUGUGUCCUUUCUAACAUUUCGGCACUCUUUCCAUUUGUCACUUACAGGCCAGAAUACCUGCCAGAAGUUCUUUCCAAGCUCUUUGCCUCUGUUACCUUUGAAGUUGUAGAAGAAAGUAAGGCUCCAAGGACCCGUGCAGUGAAGAAUGUGAGAAGACAUGCCUGUUCCUCAAUAAUCAAGAUGUGCCGGGACUACCCUCAGCUUGUCCUGCCAAAUUUUGACAUGCUGUAUAACCAUGUAAAGCAGCUGCUAUCCAAUGAGCUGCUCCUGACCCAGAUGGAGAAGUGUGCUCUCAUGGAAGCCCUAGUCCUGAUUAGCAACCAGUUCAAGGAUUAUGAGCGGCAGAAGGCUUUCUUGGAGGAACUCAUGUCUCCUGUGGCAACCCUGUGGCUGUCUGAGGAGAUGAGGAGAGUCCUGACAAACCCUGAAGAUUUUAUCUGCUAUGUUGGUGCUGAUAACAAACUUACAGAUCCAGUCAUGGAAGAUCCCUGUGGCCUAAAUCGUUCUAGAAUAUGCUUUUGUGUGUACACCAUUCUGGGAGUUAUAAAACGGGCUCGUUGGCCUGCUUCCUUGGAAGAGGCAAAGGCUGGAGGAUUUGUGGUUGGGUACAUGUCUAACGGCAGUCCAAUCUACCGUAACCCCUGUUCUGUGCAAGUCCUGAAACUUUGCGACAACUUGCUUGCUCUCAUAAGGACUCAUAACAAUCUGUAUAUGCCAGAGAUGGUGGCUAAGUUGGGGGAAACCUUUGCAAAGGCCUUAGACAUGCUGGAAGUGGAGAAGAAUGCCAUCCUAGGCCUCCCUCAACCUCUGUUGGAACUUUAUGACUCUCCUGUUUACAAAACGGUGUUGGAAAGGAUGCAGGGCUUUUUCUCUACCCUGUGUGACAACUGUUUCCAUGUUCUGGGGAAUGCUGGCUCAUCAAUGCAGCAAGAUUUCUACACCGUUGAGGGCCUAGCCACGGAGCUGCUCAACUCUGCUUUUUUCAAUCUUAACAAUAUUCCUGACUAUAGACUCCGCCCUAUGCUUCGUGUGUUCGUGAAGCCCCUGGUCCUUUCCUGUCCAUCUGAACACUAUGACUCUCUUAUCUGUCCUUUACUUGGACCACUGUUCACCUACUUGUAUGUGAGGCUGUCCCAGAAAUGGCAGGUGAUUAAUCAGAGGAGUUUGCUUUGCGAUGAAGACACAGCAGAUGACAACCCAGAAUCCCAAGAGAUAUUGGAGGAGCAGCUAAUUAGGCUGCUUACCCGAGAAGUCAUGGAUCUAAUUGCUGUUUGCUGUGUCUCAAAGAAAGGUGCUGAGCAGAAUAGUGCUGUUGCUGCAGAUGGAGAUGAUGAGGAGAUGAUGUCUACAGAGGUGACUCCACCAUCUAGUUCUGAGCUAACUGAAUUGGGCAAGUGUUUGAUGAAGCAAGAGAAUGUCUGCAGUGCUUUGCUGAUUACAGCCUUCACAUCCAUUUCCUGGAAAGAUACCUUAUCCUGCCAAAGAACUACCAUGCAUCUGUGUUGGCCACUGCUCAAAGAGGUGCUCACAAAGAACUUGAUGAUUCCCGAUGCAGUGACCUGGUUUUUCACAAGUGUAUUGAAAGGGUUACAAGUACAUGGACAACACGAUGGUUGUAUGGUGGCUCUUGUUCACUUGGCUUUCCAGAUCUAUGAGGCUUUGCGUCCACGCUAUGCUGAGCUGAAGACAGUGAUGGAACAAGUUCCGGAAAUUCAGAAAGACUCCCUGGAGCAGUUUGAUUCCAAGCUACUCAACCUAACACUACAGAAAGUAGCAGACAAACGCCGGAAGGACCAUUUUAAACGCCUGAUUGCAGGCUGCAUAGGGAAGCCCCUGGGAGAACAAUUCAGGAAGGAAGUUCAUAUCAGAAACCUCCCAUCACUUUUCAAGAAGGUGAAAGCACCCCUAGAUACAGAUGUAUUGGAUAGCAAUGAAGAUGGAACCCUCAUUGCACUCUUUGAGCAAUAAGCUCAGGACACUUCCACUAUCCUCUUAGCCCUUUGUAUUCUGUGUCCUUUCACAGUAGCCAUUUUGCUUUGUCUACUCUUCCCCUGAGCUUGGAUACAGCUCCCACUGGCCUCACCUUCUUUCUUCUUGGGAGAUUGGAUUGAGUUUUUUACAUCUCAACUGCUAAAUGUAAUCUGGCUGAUUUUCCCAUCUCCACUUGCAGUUUUAUUGUCUCUUUUUCCUUGGAUGGAGCCUAGCCAUUCAAACCUAACUCAUUGGACCAGUUCUUUAGGAACUAACCUUCACAUGGUGAUACAGUGCUUUCCCAGUGAAGGGAGCAUGCUACCAGAUCUCAACUCUGUCUUCAAUCAGGAUACCUGCACUGUGGCUGCCUCAAUAUGACACUACCAGAGGACUCCUCUUGCUUCCUUUUGGGAAAGGCCCAGAUUGGCACACUGAGCAUUGCCGCACCCUGCAAGUCUCUGCUGACUUCGUGUUUCUCUAGAGAAGUAGCACUUGGCGCUAUAUCCCACCAAACCAGGGAGACACUAGGAACUGGUAAAAAGUUUUUUAUUGUCAGUUUGGCUCAAUGAUGCCUCAGGAAGCAGGAAGUGAAAACUGUGUCCUCAUUUUCCCUACAAACAUUAUUAGAAUAGUAUCCUAACUCCAACUCUAGCCUCAGCAGUUAGAAGCCCGAGUACUGUAGAUGACAAUAACCCAGGUCUACUUUGUACUAGUCUGAAGUAUUUAAGAACAGCUAGGAUGAAAUCCUGCAUUUGGGAGCACAACAGCAGCGUUCUGGAUUAUUCUCUGCAAUGCCUGAUGGUUCAAAAUGCCUCCAAAUUGGGCCUUACGGUAGAUUUGGAUUUGUGUGUGUAGCACAGGAUUCUUGGCUUAAAAGUGCCAGCUUUAAAGUUUAAAUCUGAAGUUGAUCUUUCAGUACUAAUUAGAAUGCCUUUACUUAACAAAUGCCUCUGUAGUUUGGCCAGAGAUGCAAAAGAAUGUUUUACUGAAGAGAACUAUGUUGAAGUGGCUUUGCAGUGCAUAGAUCCAGUCACAUGGGUAGGAAAGCUCAAAGGAAGCAGGCCUUAACAUGGUGUGCAGAUCCUCACUAGUACCCAAACUCUAACUUGUUUUUCCCCCUAGUCUUGAUCUUAGUGUAACUUUUAAUAAAACAGAACUGCCACGACAAAUAGCAUUGGAGUCUAGCCUAACUGUAUUUAUUGUGUCAUGAUUAUAUUUUUAAUUUUGUGGCCAUAAUAGAAAAAAAUGUUGAGGGUUUUUGGUAGGGAUGUUAUAAAGAUGUAUCUAACUCAAUUGUGAUACACCUCAAUGUCAGUAAAGGUCUUUCAGUUUUAUACUUAUA